AUCACCUCAUACUUGGACGCUCACACCGUCACAUACCCUCUUCAGCCCGCGGUUGGCAACCUCUACUUUGAUAUUGUGUCCAGCACUGCACUUCUCGAGUAAGCUGUCGGACACAUGUUCAACACCUCUUUGCGCCGAGUGGCGCGCAACUGCUCCAAUGGCGCCGCUGUCCCUUCACGCCCUACAACGCCAUCGAUGGCAUCCUUCACCUCCCACGCACACCAGCGGCGGCAUUCGUCCUCCAAGCCCCCCGUCCCGCCCAACAAUGGCUCUUCGGCUAUCCCAGCAGCUUCAGUCAAACAGGUUGGGACUCCGAGAUCGGAAACAAAGCGACCUGGCUCCGAGUCACGCUUAUCAAAGAAGAGAUCUUCGAAGGAGAAGUUUGAUGCCAAACAAGAGGUACAAGAUGACUGGACAUCGAAACUGCCAUCGGUACCCAGCUUACAGCAUCUGAAUCCGAAGGAUAUCUACGUAGCCUCCUUCUUUUCGACUCAUCGGCCGCUAUCGAUCACAGGCCCGGUGCCUCCAGAAACGAGCGUCGAUGCGAUCGAGAAAAUGUUCCAGCCGAAGCCCAAGACGAAAUCUCGUCCAGCUACACAAGACGUCAUUUACACUCUCUCAUCGGCGGUCGAAAGCCUGGACGAGCAGAUAGCAAGCAGGCGAGGCGAACAUCACAGCCAAGGAGCCGAGCAAAAGGCGGCCAUCAUCAAGGCCUUGAUGCAGCGUAACGAGAACACGGCCGAUCCCAACCGCACCCACCACCUGGACGGGGCGCCGCAGACCAUCAAUAUCCACGGAGGCAACGUCAAACUUGUGCUACAAGAGUUUGCAAGACGGUUCAGACCCUUCAAUGCUCCCCCCUCACCGACGCCGCUGAGUGAUGCCGAGAUCGAAGCUGCCGAAGCACGGGCCGCCGCCGGAGAAGAAGCCGGUGAAGAAAUGCAAGCCAGAUCCUUGGAGGUGGAGAUCCAAAACCAGGAUCACGACCCGUACGUCCAGCAAGUCGUCAUGAACGUGAUCGAACAACAAGACUCGGCAGACCACGACGGUUUCUUCACCCCUCACUCGGCGCCCAUGAUGGAGAUCGAGGAUGUCUCGAACAUGCGCGAGAUCCAAGAGCAAAUCGGCGGCAGACGCCUCGGUCACCGACGAAGGCCGGCAAUGUACGCCAUCAGCGUCAAGAGACAACGUCGUCUCAAGAUGAAGAAGCACAAGUACAGGAAGCUUAUGCGCAAGACGCGGAACGCCAGGCGGAGGUUGGGCCAGAUAUAAAGUAAUCUCAACAUUGGGGGGUUUUUUUUAUUUUGGUAUACAUUAUCGCAUGUCUGGCAAGUUCCUCUUCUCGCAUUUAGAGAUACGCAAGGGUACCAGCAUCUCAACUAGACCGAGUCGUGUUUAUGCAUUGAUUGGGUUUUGUUCUGGUGCAGAAUAUGGUGGGGGGGGGGAGACGAAUGCAAGCAUUGCACAGAAGAUUGUCGUUUGUUCUCAAUCGUCACCAUACCGCAACCAUCUGGCGUAUAUUGCUUCUUGACACUGGGGCGUUCUUGUGAAGCGGCUUUCAUACCAUGAGCGAAAGUUUACCACACUACUCGUACCCAUUAGGACUAAGAGCACGCAGAUUUUCGUUCUCCCACGACGAUUCUGCGCCCCCGGUUCACGACAUUUACCGUCCUGAUAGAUUGAGAACAACUGUCACCCUAUAAGACACAAGAAUAUACCUGAUGAAAUAUCCACACAUCUUCACUCUUUGGUCUUCUCAAGCACUGAUCUGCUUGUGCUUGUCCUCAUAUCUGUUGUGCUUAAGAGCUCAUCCAUCAAUGAGCGCCCAGUUGUCAUUCCCGUACACCGAGUGAUACCCAUCCGGUCCAUGUACUACGAAAUCAAUCAACCAUCGACUACGUUUUCCGUAUUCCUUCUCUAUUCUACUUUAGCCAUACUUCUUGUACCGCAAACGUCGAUGCCAACAAAGUGGUACGUACCUGGGUUAGUAGAGAAGAAGUAGACGUCGCAAAAAGAAAACAAAACCAAAAACGAAGCAAACUUUGUUUACGAAAAGCAUUAUCUAAUUCAGUGCCGAAC